AAGCUCGGCCCUGCUGCCGCUGCGUGAGGAGGUGACGGUGCUGUCUGGUUUGUUUGUCGGCUGGAGUGGAACUUCACGGCGCCUACGGGUGUGGCUUCAAACGUGAUAAAUCUCAACGCGGGGUGAAGAAUGUCCUAACGGCGACAGGGAUUAAAACACAAGAGAAGACUACAAACAUAUAGAACAGGACAAAGAUAAGAAGUGGCGAGUGUGCGCUCGGUAGCCCGACUGCCAGUGGGACUCGGUGUGUUCGCUUUUCAACAGCUGGAAUACUUUUCUUCUUCUUCUUCUCUCUUUCUUUCUUUUCGUUGCUGAACUUCUUGGUCCGUUUCCGAUGGUCUGCCGAAGGAAAAUGCCGAAAUAGCUCAAAAAAGAAAGGAAAAAAGAAGGGAGAAAAAAAGUUGCUGAAGCUCGUCGGACAACUUCUCCGCUCCUCGCCAGUGAACCCGCCGCGGUUGACCGACGGACGGAGCAACCGCAAAGAAAAACAAAGUGUCAAGUUCGCAGCAGGAACUCGUUCGUCUUGAUGACUGUCGCUCCUUGUCGCGGGUGAACGGACUCCGUCACGUUAGUCGACACUCGUGAAGAAGAAGGAGAAGAAGAAGGAGAAGAAGAAGAAGAAGAAGAAGAAGAAGAAGGGAAGUCGCCUCGCGCCACUUCAACGGUUUUCGGACUCAACCGUUAUAUACGCGUAUCUAUAUCUAUAUAUAGAUAUAGAUAUAUAUCUAUAUAUAUUUCUCUUGGUGAUAUUGCCCCACCAAACAGCAGACCUGAAGCGCGCACUGGGAACCAUGGGGUGUACAGUGAGUCAGGAAGACAAAGCCGCGGCCGAGAGGUCUAAAAUGAUCGAUAAGAACCUGAGGGAGGAUGGAGAGAAGGCGGCGAGGGAAGUGAAGCUGCUGCUGCUGGGUGCUGGGGAGUCAGGGAAGAGCACCAUUGUGAAGCAGAUGAAGAUCAUUCACGAGGAUGGAUACUCAGAAGAUGAGUGUAAGCAGUACAGAGCAGUGGUCUACAGCAACACAAUCCAGUCCAUCAUGGCCAUCAUCAAAGCCAUGGCCAACCUCAAGAUCGACUAUGAGGAACCUGCUAGAGCGGACGAUGCCCGCCAACUGUUUGCCCUGUCAGCAGCAGCGGAGGAGCAGGGCAUCCUGCCAGAGGACCUGUCCAACGUCAUCCAACGACUGUGGGCCGAUAACGGCGUCCAGAGUUGCUUCACAAGGGCCCGAGAGUACCAGCUCAAUGACUCCGCCGCCUAUUACCUGAAUGACCUGGAGAGGAUAGCCAAGUCCGAUUACAUCCCCUCACAGCAAGACGUGCUGCGGACCCGAGUCAAGACCACUGGCAUCGUGGAGACACAUUUCACCUUCAAGGACCUGCACUUCAAGAUGUUUGAUGUUGGAGGCCAGCGGUCAGAGAGGAAGAAGUGGAUCCACUGCUUCGAGGGAGUCACAGCCAUCAUCUUCUGUGUUGCCAUGAGCGCUUACGACCUGGUCCUGGCUGAGGAUGAGGAGAUGAACCGGAUGCAUGAGAGCAUGAAGCUGUUUGACUCCAUCUGCAACAACAAGUGGUUCACGGAGACGUCCAUCAUUCUGUUCCUGAACAAGAAGGAUCUGUUCGAGGAGAAGAUUGCCCACAGCCCUCUGACCAUCUGUUUCCCUGAGUACACUGGUCCCAAUAAAUACGAGGAAGCCCAGGCUUACAUCCAGACCAAAUUCGAGGACCUGAACAAGAAGAAGGACACCAAGGAAAUCUACACCCACUUCACCUGCGCCACUGACACCAAGAACGUGCAGUUUGUGUUUGAUGCCGUCACCGACGUCAUCAUCAAGAACAACCUGAAGGACUGUGGCCUCUUCUGAAAACACACCUGAGAGAGCGUCAAGAUUACUUGAACAGUACUGACGACCAUAACGAUGGGGAACAUACACACGUCAUGAAUGACUGCACUGGCCAACCACGAUUUCUGCUUUGAUCUGCUUUUUAUAAAAACACCUAAGAGACUGAAAACUCGACGGGCCUUGCAGAAUUUCAACAAUUGCUGAUUCACUCGCUCGUGUUGUUAACUCUUUGGGCUAUGACCACAGAAAAAUCUACAUUUAUUUUGUAUUUUCGUUCUUUUUUUUUGUCUCUUCUUCUUCUUUAAUUUCAAUUUUUAGAGGAGGCAAAGGAAACUUUUUCUAUAUAAAUGAAUUCAUUUUACUUUUAGAGAUUCUGAUGUGCAAAUAAUUCAACUUUUAAUCACAUGAAGCUUAUUUUUUAAAAGAUGAAGCACAGGCAUGGACAGAAAAUAUGAUUGAAAGAGGAAAGUGCUUUUUUUUAUAAUGUUUACAUACGUUCAUCAUUCAUAGCCAGACCGCAUAUUGUCCUGCAUGACUCGACAAUGCAAAUAUUAGCUCAGUAAUCUGCACAAAUUAUCUAACAUUCCUACAAAAUAGAAAUAAAAAUAUUAAAAAGUUAAAAAAGAAAAGAAAAACACGGCUUCACAUGCAGGCAGAAAUUAAAUCCUAACUGAUAUUUAAAGUAUGUGUGUACCUAACAUUCUUUCACUUUUUUAUAGAAGUACCACAUCUGUUGCAGUUUGUUUGUGCCUUGACUUCUGUUUACAACCAAUUCCUAGAGAUGCUUUCAGUACCGUCUGACCUACUGUGCGCCUUUUACGUUUUCUGCCUAGCAACCUCUGAAUAUGUAGUGAUUAUUAAUGAGAGACGAAAAUCUAAUUCAGAAAAAAGGUUAGUGUUUUUGGUAUAUAUUAAAAUGCUUUGAAAGUCCUAUAUGAUUUAAUUUAAAUAAAAGUAGACAUCACUUGA